UGUCUGUGCUGAGGAGAUUGUUUUGCUGGCACCGCUUGCAUUCUGGGUCAUUUUACGUGCUGAGUAAUUGUUUUACCGUGUUCUUUGUGGGGGUUACGCGAUCGCAUCGCAAGAUGCACAGAAGCCCACUCGGCGGCACAGGUGUUUUGGGAGUGAAUCGCGUAAUUCGUCGCGGCCUGUGAAGGAUUCUAAUCGUGCCUUCGCAGCUAUCGGGGUUAGUGUUGGCGCGGAGCUCGCCGGAAAAUGAGCUCGCUCCGAGCUGCCCGGUGAUCCUGCUACGUGCUGGCCUGCUGGUGACAGGAGCUCGGGGUUUGGUGAACACGAAGAGUGUGUUUAGUGCAGCAGUGGACUAAAAGAACUCGAACAGUGAAGUGAACGGACGAACUACCGUGGCCGAAACUGAAAAUGGCCACCUUGCUGAAGAACGUUACCAACAGCAUUUGGCAUGCGUUCAACGCGCUGCAGCAGGAUCGCGAUGGGUUCGUCAGCAAAUCGAAGCUGAAGGUCUUGACGGCCAACGUGGCCACGCUGCUGGACCUGUACGGUGUUGAGCGUGGGUUGGACCACUUCCGGUCGACGGCGACGCUCAACUUCGAGCACUACCGGUACUACCUGGCGCAGGAAGUGUUCGCCGGCGGCCUCUCGAACGAUCUACCGCUGGCGGCGUUGCGAAAUUAUGAAACGAAAAUCGAUGAGGUAUGCUGGCUGGUCUGUCGCCGUAACUAUGUGACGAACGACGAGUGUUACACGGAGGAAGCGAUCUACCGGCUGUUCCGUAUCUUUUGCCUCGUCGCCGACCUAUCGGUGGACCCGGCCGAUCCGGACAACUACACGGUGAAGAUUCACCCGCUGGAGGCGCUGAUCAUCGUGAAGCAUCUGCUGAACGCGCUCGGGUUCAACUACGAGGCCGAUGGGCGGUACGACCAUCUGCGCCGGUCGACCUGCGAGGCGUUCGAGUUUGGGGAGCUGCUCGAGUUGCUGCGGUUCAAGCAGCACGACAAGGUGAACGAUUACCGGGAGUCGAUCUGCGAAGCGAUCGGUGACAUGUACCAGACGCUGAUCGAGGACGUCAUCAAGAAGGGCUGUCUGUAUCGGCGCGGCUACGUGCUGCCCACGUUCCGGGAGUACUUCUUCGUGUUGCGACCGUGCGAACUGUCGUACUACAAGCAUCCGGCGGAUCGGGAAGUCUGCGGUACGAUCGUGCUCGAUUCGCGCUUCAUGGUGAAACCGAGUCAGCCGAGUAGCUCGGGCCGGCACGAGCGUGUCCAGCGCUUCACGCUGGUGUCCGGCGAUCGGACGUACGAGUUGGGGACGCUCGAUCACAAGACGCGGCUCCAGUGGAUCGCCGCGCUGCAGCUCGCGAUCACGUACUCGACCGGUCGGGAUGGGUUUCAGCGCGAUACGGUCAAUCGGCGCCGGCAGGCACGCGAACUGGAGCAACGGCGCCGGCUGGAGGAGGAACAGGUGCGCAGUCAGCACUUGCGCCGGCUCGAGGAAACGCACGUGCAGCUGGAGCGUGAGAAGCAGGCGCGGUUGGCGGCCGAAUCGCAGGCCCGUCAGUACGAGGCGGUCGCGCGGGAAGAUUCGCGCCGGGUCGCCGAGCUGGAGGACGUGAAGCUGUGCCUGGAGAAGAUGUUGGAGGACGAGACGCAGGCGAAACGGGACGAAGAGAUUGUCCGAGCGCUGCAGGCCCGCGUGCUGGCGGAGGAGUGGGAAAAGCGCGAGGAGCUGGAGCAGCUGCAGGCGGAGCAGAAGAGCCUGCUGGAGCAGGAGCGCCAGAAGCGGAUGGAGUUCGAGGGCCGCCAGCAGCAGAACGAGGCGAAGCUGCACGAGGCGCAGGCGAUGCUGCGCCAGCUCGAGGAGGAACGGAUACGGCUCGAUCGGGAGCUGAAGCUGGCGCGCCAGAAGAUUCAGCUGUCCGAGGACAACAAGGGCAUCGUGGAGGCGAAACUGCAGGCCAUGUCCCCAGCCUACCGCGGUGGCAGCGCGGGCGAGUUCAUCAUCCGCCGGACGCAAUCCUUCGUGGCGGCCGAUCGGCCAGUGCUCGUGGCAGGCACCAGGGCAUCGAGCAGGUUCAGCUAGCCGCGAACUUUUUUGUAUACAUUACGCCUAAGGACUAACCA